GCAGCAGCAGCAGCAGUACUAAUAGCAUCUACAAUAGCAGCAGCACUAAUAGGAUCUAUAACAGCAGCAGCAGCAGCAGCUGGCUCUGAGCUCCGGGGUGGGGUACAAGAGCGGGGUGAGCCAUCACUCCUCCCUCGCGCCUUGGAAAGGCUCCAUUCAGAUUGUCCCAUGUGUGCAUGUGUGUGUGUGCGUGUCUCCGAGCCUCCCUGUGUGUGAGUGUGUGUAUUUUACUGGCUCCCAAAGAGUUGUCAGGAAGUUUGGGGGGAGGGGCGAACAGCGCGGAUGGGACUUAUAACCGGCCGUCGGGGGCGGUGGAGGCGGCUGCGGUGGGGAAGGGGGCUGCUGUCCGGGUCUGGGCCGUGGCAUCCCGAGCGUCAGGACCGCCCUCGCGGAAGGCAGGCAGGUAGGUGGCGGGCCCGGGGGCAGCCCUAGGCCUCCGCGGACUGGACCGCCCCGUCGGGGCUCCCACCGGUCUGUCCAGCCCUCUGUCCCCGGGUGAGGAGCGCGUCCGUCGGUAGCGGGCUCCUGGCUUGCCGGGCCAUGGAGCCGCUGGUGCUGUUCAAUGCUCUGGCCACGCGGCUGCUCUUCGCGCUUCACUCGCUGGUGGGCGUCUGGCGGGUGACCGAGGUGAAGAAGGAGCCCCGCUUCUGGCUGCUGGCGCUGCUGCAUCUCCCGCUCGCUCUGGAGACGGUGCUCACUCUGAAGAAGCGCCGCGGCCGAGGCUACCCCGGGUUUUCGCCCGCCAUAUUUUUCUAUCUGACUAGUAUCAUGCCAUCGCUGUGGCUCCUGGAAAUGCAUCCUGAGACCCAGUAUUGCAGUAACCAAGAAGUGAAUACCAGUAGCAAGGAGGACUUCACUCAAACUCAUAUAAUGAACAACUACAACACGGGUACUGAGGACCUCCUCGAGACGGCCAAACAUUUUGUCAAUAAUUUAUCAACUGUGUGUGAGGAAGUCUGGACGCUGGGACUCCACCAGACCUUCUUGUUAUUGCUGAUAAUUGGAAGAUGGCUUCUACCUAUUGGUGGUGAAAUCACACGAGACCAGCUAUCCCAACUUCUCCUCAUAUUUGUGGGCACUGCGGCUGACAUACUUGAAUUUACUAGUGAGACCCUGGAAGAACGUAAUGUGAGAAAGAGCCCUGAACUGGUUUAUGCAAUCCUUGCCAUUUGGAGCUGGAGCAUGCUACAGUUUCCACUUGACCUUGCAGUACAACAUUUUGUCUGCCCUUCAUCUGUGAUGUCUAAAGGGUUCAUCAGUUUAUUCUUCUGCCAGUACAGUGCUGAUUUGUGGAACAUUGGAAUCAGCCUCUUCAUCCAGGAUGGGCCUUUUCUGGUCCUUCGUCUCAUUCUAAUGAUCUAUUUUAAAGUGAUCAACCAGAUGCUGGUGUUCUUUGCUGCGAAGAACUUCCUUGUCGUGAUAUUGCAGCUUUAUCGUUUAACUGUACUGGUGCUGGAAGUUCAGGCUUCCCUGAGGAAGCAGCAGCAAAGUCUGAAAGGAGCGGACAGCUUGCUGAGUGAACCUAGGAAUUGUGAACUUUCAUUCAGGAUCAGAGACGAUGAGGUCACAGAAGAAGCUUCUAUUGCUUUAGAGGACUCCCCAGGAACAGGGGAGAUUUGUUGAAUUCAGAGAUUAUGUCUUCACAAUAAUAAGCUAUUUUAGCAAUCUGCCAAGCAUUUAUUAAGUACUCUGUGUGUUGGACACUUGGGAAACAGAAAGAAUCCCUGACUACAAGGAGUUUAUAUUCUACUGGAAAAUAAACUUCUGCAAAGUUAGAUCUUUUAACUUCUGAGACUUUUUAUAGAUCUGAAUGGAUACCUGGCUCAUUUUUUUCCCCAAUCUUAACUUUGUUUAAAGAUUAAAAAUAGAAGAAGAAAAGAUUUUGAAGAAUCAGCAAGAGAUUUAUUUUUAAAUGAGAGGAUGGAUGAAGACUCUUUGGCUGAUUGCUAUCCUUCUAACUUUCAUCUGAUGGAAUCAGAAAGCACCAGUUUGGAGAUACAAAAGCUUUGAAUACAUGUGAACCAUAUGUAGAGGUGUUGUCGGAGGUUUUGGUUAUAUGUCCUUGGAAAAUAGUGCAUAGAAAGAUGAAAUAUCAAAAAAGAUUCAGAGCCUUGGACUUUGUCUCUAUCAGCAGACUAAGUCUCCUUUUCCAUUUCUACCAUGUUCUUGUGAUACAAAAGGUUACAUUCAGUGAAUGCAGAACGGAUGAAAGAAAGAAAAAAAAUGUUAUAAAAAUCAUCUUAUUGUGGGCAAAAUGCCCAUUUAUAGCAGCACAGGUCAUCCCAGGAAAAAGAAUCUUGCUACUGGACCUGGAAAUUCCUUCACAAUGCUAUAUAGAUUCUCAAGAAAUAUUAUGAUAAUAGUUGGACACAAUUUAGUGAGGCUCCUUUAUUUUACAUGCAUCCCCAUCCUGUUCAAUGUUAUUUCUUGGUUCCGUAAAAAAUGCCAUGUCAGGUGAAACGAUAUUACAGGGGCCGAAAUCCCAUGGCAACAAUAUCAGAAAUGGAUAUUUGUCCAGAGAAUGUUACAGUGAAUUUUCUCUGUGUCAUGGCAUAAUUAGGGUAUAAAUUAUCAAUGAUAUUGUCACCUUACCUGAAAUGGGUGUAAUUACACCCAUUUCAGCAUCAGAAGCACUGGUUCUCCUCAGAAAAAAGUGGCUCUUUCUGUUCUCUACACUCUUGGAAGUAUACAGCCACGAGGCUUCCUAAUUAUAGAUUAUGGUUGGCUUAUAAGGGCUGGCUGAGUCCAAGCCACUAAUUUUACAGAUUAGGAAACUGAAUACCUGAAAGAUCAUAAGAUCUCCAGAGAACCUUAAGGUCAUCAAGCUUAGGCCCCACAUUUUGGGAAUGGAAACCAAGAGAAAUUAACUGCCCAAGAUCACAAACUAUAAACAUCAGAGUUUAGAUUUAAGCUCAAAUCUUCAGAAUGAAGAUCAAUACUAUAGACCUUGUUUGCCUUACUGAGUUAUGACAAAGAAUGUUGAAUACAAAAGCUAGCUUCGAUGUAUCAUUUUUGUGUUGUCUUAGUUGAUCCUCACAAUGAUCUGUGAGGUAGGUGCUCUAAGUAUUUCUUCUCCAGAGGAAGAAACUGAGGCAAACGUUUACCUAAUUCACCCUGAAUCAGCUAAUGAGGCAAGAUUUUCAAAUCUUGUUCCCUCAGGUCUUCCUGACUCCAAAUGCACUGCCUCACCUGACUGACUAGGAUUUCACUUUUUUUUUUCUGGAGCCCCUGUGGUCUCCUAGGUCACUCAAACCAGAAGAAAAAUAACACUGAAGUUCCUUCUGAACCAUCAUUUCCAAGUGCUUUUUUAUCCUGAUGGUAAAGGUAGGUUGGGGCAGAUCUUAGCCCAGCCAGCAAAUUAGGAAAAGCCAAUCAGAACCCAAUGCAAUGCCAUUUCUUCUUCCCCCAAUCCCAUCCUGGCCAAGAAAUGAGUUUCUAUUUCUCUAACUUAGAAACAUCUGCCUUAUUUCUUUCAUAUACUUGCAUACCUUUCUGCAUGACCGAUCUUGGAGUCUUUUCCAAUAAUUAGCCUACAUUUUAAUAUGUUGCAUUCUUAACAAUGAGAGGAAAUCGCAGUAAGGGCAGAUGUUACUUCAAUUUGAGCCUUAACUUCCUAACAAUCCUAUGUGCCCCAAAUCAAUAUGGAUUGCCUUAUGGGGUAGCGAACUAUCUGCUUUUGUACAUAAUGAGGGUUUUUGCAUUAGGUUAUGUUAGUUUCUGGUAAUGGAGACACAGGUAAUCGAGUCACCGAAUCAAAAAUGGAGAGCUGGAAGGGAGGCCAGAGUUCAUCUUGAUUCGAUAGAAACAGAAACUGACACCACCAGAGAGGAAGGGAUUCCAAAUUAUAAUAUUAAAGAGAAGAGUUGAUAUUCAAACUCAAGUUGUCCAAUUCCAAAAACAGACCCUCUUUCUGGGCUGUGUUACUUAUCUCCUGAGUGACCUUCCUCAAGAGAUUUCACCAUCAGCCUCAGUUUCCUCUUUUGGAGUCCGAUAAGUCUGGACUAGAUGAAUCUUAAGCCCCCAGACAUAAUCUCUGUUCCUAUGAAUGUAGUGAUAACAUGUCAUGCUUUUGGAAAACUUUU